GGAGGCUGCAGUGAGCCGAGAUCACGCCACUGCACUCCAACCUGGGCAACAGAGUGAGACUCUGUCUCAAAAAAAUAAAAAAUAAAAGUGGCAGAAACUCUGCGAUCCUUCCCCUGUGAGAUCUGCCUGCCAUCCUAAAUCUAUACAUUCUCUUCAUGUGUGCAAUGGAUUCCACACCUGUCCACUUCUUCAAGGGUUUGCUCCUGUUACCAUACCCUCUCUCUAUUUCACUAGCAGUUUGUCCUUCUCUGGUGUCUUGAGCACAAACAACAUCUCCAGUUUAAAGAAGCUUUUCCCUGGUCCCAUAUCCAACUACACUUACAUCCCUAUUACUCUGCUCUCUGCCACAGUAACACAUCCUGAAAGAUCCAUCAGACCAGCCUCCAUUUCCGGGCAUCCUGGCUUUCUCUCAGAUCAUUGCAUUUUAUCCUUAAAAUAGCAUUUUUCCCUUUAAUUGUUUUUGACAACCUUACCAUUCCCAAAACUGCUCUUGCAUAGUUUAAAUAGUAUCUGACCACAUUAUUGACCUGAAAUUGCCGAUUCAAUAAUCUUUUCUAUCCUCAACUAAUUUGACUCCUUGCCAGUACUUGAUACAGUUAACCACGUGCUCCUUCUUAAUCAACGGUUUCCUCUUGACAUCUGUGACUUCUGCUCAGCCUCCUCUCCUGGCAUCACCUCCUGUGCUUGUCCCUAAAUAUGAGCUUGUUCUAUGGUGUGGCCCUUAGAUUUCUGUUCUUUGCUCACUGUAGGCUCCCUGUGGAAUCUUAUCCAGUCCCUUUAUCUUGAAAUACUAGCUACAUGGCUAUGACACCCAAAUUCCAAAUGAGACUUUCCACUAAAGUCCAGAAUUAUUCCCAAAUAGUAAUUUUAUUCUUAAUUUUAUCAUGGCUACAAGAUAACUCUAUUUUCCUAACCCACCAGGACAUUUCUUUCAGUUUCCCUUUGAUGCUAAAUGAACUACCCUCCAUGAAGCUGUUCAAAUCCCAAAAAAGAAGUAUUUCUUAUCUCACCACCAGCAAAUUCUGUGGAGUCUAUUCCCAAACUAUUUCCUGAAUAGACCAUACUUCUUCAUCUCCAUGGCCACCCUUCUAGAACAUAAGCUGCCUCUGGCUGCCUGCUUUGUUUCAAUGUCAUUUCAUUGGUCAGCUUGCUUGCCCUCUGUCUCCCUUCAAUUUAUUCUCCAUACUGCUGCUAGAGCGAUCUUCUAAAAACAGAAGUCAGAUUGUGUUUAUCCUCUAGCUGGAGCCCUCCCAUAACUUCCCAUCACACUUACAGUAAAUCCAAACACCUUGGCGCAGCCUUAAACCCCAAAUCACAGGAUCCUUGCCAGGUCUCUGACCUCAUUUCCUCUUCUCCCCAUUGUUCACCUGUUGCACCGGAGGCUCUUCCUAUUUUCUUUCAAAUAUACCAGGCUCCUGCUCUAUCUCAUUAGGGCUUCGGCAGUUGCCUUGUCCUGUGCUUGUGGCUGUCUGCCCUCAGGUGUUUAGUCUUUCAGGUAACAAACAUCAUCUUUUCAGUGAUACCUUCCAUCAUUAGUCCCACUCUUACCCAGUCAUUCUCAGCUCCAUCGUGCAGCUUUAUUUCACGCACAGCCAUCAUCUUGUACUCAUUUGUUUUUCUGUUUAUUCUGGAAUUUAAGCUUCUUGGUAGCAGGUACUUUGUCUCAUUCUCCACUAAGAGACUAGAGAGGAGUAUUUGGGACCAGGUGGAAGAAACGUUUUCCAGAAAACAAACAAUUACAGACAAAAAUUUGCAGAAAUCACUGGUGUUUGAAGGCCACCUUCUCACUUUUCCCCUAAGCCAGAACUUCUCCUCUAAGCUGUCUCUUAACUCUUUGAGCAUCUUUAGAUGCAGGUGUCCUGGGCAGUCUAGAUUUGUCUUCAGUAUACUUCUGUUUGUUCUCUCAUUUUCAAAACAUGCUCUUGAAUAUUACUCAAUUUCUUGCACUUAAAUACUAUGUAUUUAUCCGGACUCUUGUUCACAAGGACAGAAUUCUAAUAAUUCAAACCAUGAGGACAAAAGUCAGGUUUCAUGGGAAGGGCAGGAAUGUAUUUGAGUUUCAGAAAUGAUUAAAACCAGGAACUUUAUCCCUUAAGCCUCUUGUGUCUGGAUUUCUCUUUUUUUAAAUGAGCUUCAUUCUCUCCUGCUAGUGUCCAUAGCUUCAGAUAAAUAUCUCAGCCACCCAAGAAAGACUAGAGCUUUGUUUUGCUGAACUGAAUUCCAAGAAAAUCUUAGAGAAAUGUUUUAAUUGGCUGAUAUGGGUAAUUUUUAAACCCCAGAUGUGUGAAACAUGAUUUGCAGUGAUUUUCACACUAGAUUCAUUGAUAAGAAGAAGGCAUCUCUAUAAUUUCCACAUGGGUAUCAAUUUUCUUAAAAUCUUAUUACUUAAUAUUCAAGAAUUAGGACACCAUACCCUAAAACACUUGGAUGUAAAUUCAGUUGAAAAACAUCACUGUUUUAAAGAGUGUACAAUAACUAAACAGAACUCUGAUAGAUUUCACUUAUAAAAAAUCUAUGUGGUAUUGCCAGGUGUGGUGGCUCACGCCUAUAAUCGCAGAACUUUGGGAGGCCAAGGCGGGCAGGUCACUUGAGGUCAGGAAUUCACAACCAGCCUAGCUAACAUGGUGAAACCCCGUCUCUACUAAAAAUACAAAAAUUAGCCAGGUGAGGUGGCACACACAUGUAAUCCCAGCUACUCAGGAUGCUGAGGCAGGAGAAUAGCUUGAAUCCAGGAGGCAGAGGUUGCAGUGAGUGAAGAUCGUGCCACUGCAUGCCAGCCUGGGUGACAGAGCAAGACUCUGUCUCAAAAAAAAAAAAAAAGCCAGGCACUGUGGCUCACACCUGUAAUCCCAGCACUCUGGGAGGCUGAGGUAGGUGGAUCACCUAAGGUCAGAAGUUCAAGACUAGCCUGGCCAACAUAGUGAAACCCCAUCUCUACUAAAAAAAAAAAAAAAAAAAAAAAAAAAAAAAAACAAACAAACAAAAAAAAAAAACUACAUGAUAUUAUGAGAAAUUAGUAGUAUUAAAUAUACACAGAAAAAUGAGAACACCAAGAUAUUGAUCAUAACAAUAGUUUAAAAUGAGGAACAACACUUGACACUCAGAGUGCCAUGCUAAUAGAUAGAAUUGAUGUCCUCCACAGUCACUUGAAUACAUCCUUUUCAGAGAUGUUCUGUGAAAUUCAGGUCUGGGUAAGCACUUGCAUUUGAUAACUUCAAAAUCUUCCAAUGUCAAUGGUUUAUAGAUCUAUUUUAACAUUUUGGGAUUAUGUAGGUAGCUUGUUUUCUCUGCAAAGCGUGAAGUAUCUUGAGCUAUCUGUAUAUCUACCUGGGAGAGGGUUUAGGUGGAGGAGCCCAGGAGCAACCACACCCUCUCUGUACAUGCCAGAAGAAUAAAGUCUUCUCAAAUUGCAAUGUGCUAAUCACUGAUCAUUCUCUAAUCUGGAUGUGUGUGGGAAAUGGAAACCAGCACUAUAUUUAAACUGCUCUUUGUGAGAAUUCAAACUGGGACAACUAAAAGCCAAGGAGACAGUAGAAGCCCUUCACAGAAGCACUGAGGCACAACUUCAGUCGAGGUGGCUCCACAGAUGUGGGCUUCAGGAGAAAAACAGCAACCUUUGUAACAGGCUGAGUUGAGCAGUGGAAAACGUUUUGGCCCCUUUUGAUAAGAGUUUUCUGGGAGACAGUCACUUAUGCCUUGCAUAUGAUGUCUAAAGAUUAAAUAAAGUUUUUCCCAGGCUAGAAUGAGCAUGAUGCCUUCAGUAAAUGGAGGGAAGUCAACAAUGCAGUCUGUGUGCAGCGAGUAGGAGGUAAGGCAGCUGCAAAGGCAGCCUUGGGCAAAACAGAGAAAGUUCAAAUGGUACUUAGAAAUUCAGACUUAAUCUUACAGGUGAAAAAGACUCUUACAUAGGAGAUGUAUUUAUUUGGGUAAUAUUAGCUUUAUUAGAAAUCAGCAGAAAAAUUGUACAAUGACACAAACACAAAAGUAGUUCAUUUCUUGGUCAUGUAAAUAGUCUUAAGCGUUCUUGUUUUGUGAGGAAAGUUGUGUGCUUUGGUACACAUAGUCAUUCAGGACUCAGAUUCACUGGAGCUCUGCCAUCUUCAACAUGUGGCUUUGGAGGUCAUCCUGUGAAGUCGGUAGAAGGGAAUAAAGCUUACAGAUUUUGUAUGGGAGGGUUUUACUGCCAUACUAGAAGUUCCAUAUACAUAUACUGCUGCACUGCCUUGGCACAGACCCACACCUAACUUCAAAGGCAUGUCAGUGCUGUGGUUUGAAUGCGUACCCCAAAAGUUUAUGUGUUGGAAACUUGGUUGCCAUUGUGAUGGUGAUGAUAGUUGGGGCCUUUGAGAGGCAAUUGGAUCAUUAGGGCUCCACCCCCAUAAAUGGAUUAACUCCAUUAUUCCAAGAGUGGAUUAGUUCUCACUGGAGUGGCUUUGUUUUAAAAGCAAGGUCUCUCUUUUGCACACAUGCUCUUCCCCUUCCAUCCUUUCAUCAUGUUUUGACACAGCAAGAAGCCCCUCAACAUAUGCUGAGCAGAUGCUGGUGCCAUGCUCUUGGACUUCCCAGUCUGCAAAACCAUGAGCUUCAUAAACUUUGUACCCAAUCUGUGGUGUUCUCUUAUAGCAACAGAAAAUUGAGUAAUACAGUUGGAAACAUAGUCUAAUUGUUUGUCAGGGAGAAAAGGAAAGCCAUCAGGAUGGGGAUCACUGAAUUUCCUUUUUAGAAAAAUAAUACUGAAGGCGGGGAAUAGAAUGACCUGGAAUGAGACACAUUUCUCUGGGGCUUUUAGAAAGACUCGGUCCUGGGAUAUGUUAAAAGCCCAGAUAACGGAGGAUGAAAUGUUGGGACAAAGCCUUGGAAAUAGGGUUGGAAAGGUAGUUACAGACAUUUUUAAAGGGAUGUGGGGAGCUGUGGGAAUGCUUAAAGAUUUGUUUGAACCUCAGGGCCCUGGAUGGGUAGAUGUGUUAUAGAAACCAAACUGGAAGCAUAGAGAAGUAAUUCUCAGCACAGUAACUAGUCAGUGACUCAAUAGAACUAGAAUCUUAAAAUCUGAUUAUCCUGCUAAGAUUGAGAAAGUUUAUAUUUUGAAGUUAACAUAGAACAAGCAAGGAGAAUGAAAAAGGGUCUUGAAUCCUACAGCAGUGAAAUGGUGAGCAUUCUCAUUAACAAACUGAACAUUUCCAUAGGAUUGAAAGCUCUUAACCAUGGUGUAGAGCAGAGAUGAAUAGUGAAUGACAGGAGACUCACCAAAUCCAAGACAGUCCCCCAAAUCACAUCAUUUAUCAUCUUUGCCUCAUUUCCUGGGAUUAGGGCCAAAAUAGCCCCUGGUCAUGAUGUCUGUUCAGCAAAGUGUAAGAAAAAUAUUGUGUGAACUCUGGAAACACUUCACCCAUUUUAAAAGUCUUUGCAAAUGAUUUAUUUAGGUGUGUUUUCUCUUUCUCUUCCCUCUUUAGCUGUCAGUGGCAGCAGCUGAGCAUCAGCACAGCAUAUCAUCCUCACCUCCAAUCCCAGGACAUUCAGAGUGUUGGCCAACAGGCUUGUUGGUUUUGCCUGGGCCAUUUUGAAACCAUUCUUCCUCUUUUGCUCUGUCUUUUCUUUUUGUUGUGUUAAAUGCCAACUAUUCAGUCAUGAAGACACUUAUUUCAAACACAUUUACAAAACUAAUUGUGGAAGCUGCAGAGAAUCCUUUGUUUGAGACAUUGUGGUCUACUAUGUCAAAUCACAGCUAGAAGGCAACUUGGAACUUAAAUUAUCUGUCCAGGAAAUGUGGGUUUUUUUCUAAGCGGAGUCAUUAUAAGCCUUACUUGCCUUUCUGUAAAGAGGGGAAUAAACUAGUUUAAGACAAAUCAAUCUAAAUAGAAAAAAAUUGCAGUGUGUGUAUGUGUAUAGAAGAAGGAAGUGUGCAUAGAAAUGGGAAAUUACCGACCUGUGGAGCUAGAAUGACUUACACAUGCCCAGUGUGUGCCCAGUGCUGGGCUUCCAGCUCUAGUAAUGUGAUCCAGAGGGAGUAAGAGGGCUGAGGAAUGAAGUAGAUAAACACUUCAGGAACCCUUUCAGAUCACCUACAGUCCAUGAUCUAAAGCUUCACUUCAUCAGGCAUAUAAAGUGUGCAAAGGAAUCUUCAGCCAGAUUUCAUGCAGCUGGUGAUGCCACAUGUCACAUGAUAAAUAAGAACAAGACAGAGUGAUUGAGCUGUGUACCAAAUGCAUGGACCAUAUAUAAUUCAGUUGCUUUGUGAAGAACAAGAACUUUAUCCAUCUGAUAUGAAAGCCAUAUUGAAAAGAUAUAAAUAUAGACAUAAUAGACAGACAAAUAUAGAUGCAGCCAUAGGUGUAGGCAUAGGUGUAGGUAUAGAGAUACAUACAGGUAUAGAAAUAUACAUAGAUACACCAUACUCCUGAGCAAAUAACUUACUCCUGGCCUUAUUGUAAACUAUGUUUUAGUGUUCAUAUUCAUUUUAGAUUAUGUUCAUGUUCAUUUUAGUGUUCACAUUCAUUCUCCUGAUGGAGCGAAUUACUGGCUAAAAGAAAAAUAGGUAAGGUUUCUUAUUGAUGACAUCAAUUUGAAGAAAACUUCACUAUGUUAGAUGAUAACAGCUUUGCAAAAGUUUAUAAGAUGCAACAUUAGAAACCUUUUUUACUGGUAUAAAUUUCUUGUAAAAAAUGACAAAGGAUAAAAGAAAAGAAAAGGGUCACUGAAAAAUUCACUGGAGAGUUUCCUCAUCACAUCCAUGUUGGUUUUUACUGGUCUGGUAGGAUGUGUAGAUAUAAGUGAAAUUCACAGUAUUGCCUUGUGGUUAAGAGCAUGGAGUCUGUGACAAACCAUCUGAGUCUGAAUUCUAGCUCAAUGGCUAAUGGUUUGGACUGGGAAAAGUUAGUUGGAAGAGUGCCUCUGCUUCCUAAUUAACCCAUGAAAAGCACUCAGAACAGCACAUGGCAUAAUAUAAGCACUAGAAUAAGUCUUAGCUACCAUUACUGUUGCUAAUAUAAUCAUUAUCAUCAUCAUCAUCAUUAUAACAGGGAAUCAUUUAUCAUCUUUCAUUCAUUAUCAAAAUGUCAUUUGAUUUUACGGUUUUAAUAAUACCUGAUUUUACUUUGAUACAUCUUAUUGACUAUAAAUAUAACUACUUUUGCAAAUAGAUCCAGGAAUUACCCAGAGUCCACAUGUAGAGAUUAAAUAUUGCAAGUAUGAAGUGGGCAGGCAAUAAACUUAUGUCUAGCGGUUGAUUGGUUUAAUCCCAGGCAACAGAUGGAAUUUAGGUGUGCUGCCUACACCUGAAUCUGACUGAGUAUGUCACAAAUGCUGGCAUGACAGAUGGAAGACCCAGAAGUCAAACUUGCAGUUUGGCCUCUCCAGCAUCACUGAGCUUGGGGUCCAGUUGACCCUUGCUAUGAGAACCUGAAGUAUUCAAAGGGAAACUCUGCCACUUAGCCCUGCCAGGCUGUUACUGACUACCUCAAGGAUGCUCUGAGUCACCAAGAUAGCCCAAUCUAGAGAGAAUGAAUGCCCUGUGUCAGGCUCUUCUAGCUGUGUCUCAGCAGGUUUUAGAGGGACAGCUAGGGAUGAGGUCUGGCCAAGCACCAUGACAGGUCUCACACAAGAGGCUUGUAAAUUUUAGAGUAGAGGAUUUGUUUUUGGUCUCCCUAGGGGUUACACCAAUGUAGGGCAGGUUACUAUGCCAGAAAGCAGUUAGCUUUUUAAGUUGAAAAUGCUUUUAAGCUGAGCUUUCAAAAUUCCAAAAUUAGCUAAUAUCAUGCUAAACACCAAAGUAUUUCCCCAUAAAAUCAGGAACAAAACAAUGGUGUCUGCUCUUGCCACUUCAACUCUAUAUUGGGGUUUUUAACCAAGACAGUCCAGCAAUAAAAAGAAAUAUAAGUCAUCUGGAUUGGAAAGGAAGUAGCAAAAGUAUUUCCAUUUGCAGAUGACAUGAUCUUUCAUACAGAUUUGUAUUUAGAAAAUCCCAAGGAACCCACUAAAAAUGCUAUGUAGAGCUAAGAACCAAGUUUAGCAAGGCUGCAAGAUAUAAACAUAGGGAACCAAUUUUAUUUACAAUGGCUUAAAAAAGAAUAAAACAAUUAGGAAUAAAUUUAACAAGAGAAGUGUAAACCUUAACUCUGAACACCAUAAAACAUUGUUGAAAGAAAUUUUUAAGAGUCAAAAUAAAUAAAUGGAAAGACAUGUUCAUGGAUUAGAAGUUGUAAUCUUGCAAGAUGGCAAUACUACCCAAAGUGAUGCACAGAUUUAAUACAUACCCUAUCAAAAUCCCAGAUGGCUUUUUUUCAGAAACUGACAAGUUGAUCCUAAGUUUUAUAUAGAAAUUCACUGGACCCAUAAUAGUCAAAACAAUCCUGGAAAAGAAGAACAAAGUUGGAGAACUCACACUUCCCAAUUUCAAAACUCACUUCAAAACUACAGUAAUCAAGACAGUGUGGUACUGGCAUAAAGAUAAAUAUGUACAUCAAUGAAAUAGAAUUGAGAGUCUAGAAAUAAAUUCCCAUGUCUACGAUCAAUGGAUUUCCAACAAGGGUGUCAAAGCAGUUCAAUAGGGAAAGAAUAUACUUUUCAACAAAUGUUGCUGGAACAACUGGAUAUUCACAUGAAAAAGAAUGCAGUUGGAUCUCUACCUCACAGCAUAUGCAAAUAUUAACUCAAAAUGAAUAAAAAGCCUAAAUGUAAGAAUUAAAAUUCUAGAACUCUUGGAAGAAAACAGAUGUAAUCUUUGUGACAUUGAAUUUGGCAAUAGUUUCUUAGCUAUGACACCAAAGCACAAAUAAUUAAAGAAACAUAUAAAUUGGACUUCAUCAAAAUAAAAACCUUUGUGUUUUGAAGGAAAACAUCAAAGUGAAAAGACAGCCCACACAAUGGGAGAAAAGUUUUGCAAAUUCUAUAUCUGAUAAGAAACUUGUAUCUAGAAUACAUAUAUAAAGAGCAUCUACAACUCAACAAUGAAAAGACAAAUAACCCAACUUAAAACUGGGUAAAAGCUCUGGAUAAACAGUUCUCCAAAAAAGAUAUACAAAUGAUCAAUAAGCACAUGAAAAAAAUGCUAGUGUCAUUAGUCAUUAGGGAAAUGCUAAUCAAAACCACAGUGCAAUGCCACCUCACACCCACUGAAAUAGCCAUAAUAGAAAAGAUAGACAAUAAAAAGUGUUGGUGAGGAUACAGAGAAAUUGGAACUCUUAUACACUACUGGGGGAAAGGUAUAUUGUGCAGACACAUUGAAAAACUAUUUAGCAGUUCCUCAAACAAUUAAAUAUAGGGAUUACCAAAUGAUCCAGCAAUUCUUCUUCUAAGUAGUUAUUCAAGAGAAAUAAAAACAUAUGUCCACACAAACACCUGUACAUGAAUGUUUAUAGUAGCCUUAUUUAUAAGUGUCCAUCGAUCAAUGAUGGAUAAAUAAGAUGUGGUAUAUCCAAACAAUAGAAUAUUAAUCAGUAAUACAAAGAAAUAAAGUACUGAUAGAUGCUACAAUGUGGAUAAACCUUGAAAGUAUUGUGGUAAGUGAAAGAGGCCAGUAAUAAAGGACAACAUAUUAUAUGAUUCCAUUAUUAUAAAAUGUCCAAAAUUGGCAAAUUUACAAAGACGGAAAUAGAUUAGUGGUUGCCUGGGUGUGAGGGAGGGAAUUGGUGGGUGGAAGUAUGGUGAAUGGGGAGUGACUGCUAAUGAGUAUGGCAUUUUUGGCAAGGAAUGAUGAAAAUGUUCUAAAAUCUUGCUAACAAGUCGCACAACUAUGAAUAUAUUAGAAGUUAUUUAAUUAUAUAUUUUAAAUAGGUGAAUAGUAUGGUAUGUCAUUUAUGUCCCAAAGAGCUAUUAUCUUUAAUUCCUAUUAUUAGGUGACUUUAUUUCUAUGAUAAUGAUAUUCAUUAAAGUCACAAAAAUUGACCAGAUGACUGAACUGUCAGCUAGAAAUCCAUGUUGUCACCACACUGUAUCUGUGGCAACCACACUUGCCUCAUGUAUUGGUUCACUAAUGCUAUUGCUGAUAGCUCAGUAUAGGGAU